UCGCGGUUAGAGCGACCUGGUGUUAUCCUUACGGUCUAUCAAUUUUAGUCAAUUUCUUCCGCGUAUUCUCGUGUGCAAAUCUCCACGGUCGAAUGUGACUGUAAUAUAGACACAGACGAUCAAACCACGGACUCCGCUGGUGCAAUACGUCAACGUAAGAUGGAUUCAAGGGGCCCUCCUGAGGGGGCCCCUGCCGAGUCCUUCGAGAUAUCUAGCAUCGACAGGGGGGCUGACAUCUCAGUGAAUUGGCCUACAGAUCAUCCCUUUACCUCGUCGCUGUGCGAACAGCCGAAGAAGCUGAACAACAGGCUCCUAUUCCUGACUGUGGAAUAUGUGGAAGAUCAAUCUCGGCUGUUUCCUACAUAUGAGCAAAUCUCCUUUUCUCCAAGAGCGGCUUCUCCCCUAUCAGAAUUUGAGCAUCGAGUCAGCCCACUGGAUCCAAAUAUGAGCUCUACUGCUAGAUAUUCUCCCACACCGGUCCAACUACCUUCCUCUCCCUUCCAUAACUCUGUUGUUGUACUGCAAGGGCCAACCUCACCUUUAAUGUCCCAGCCUGAACCAAAUAUACGAACCAGCAUCAAUUAUGUGACUCAGUUGGCUCAUCCGAUCGACACUCAGACUGUACCUCAAACGGAUGGUACCACAGACUUUGUUGGCAAUGGGAAUGAAGACGGACUCGUGUCUAGCGUCAGCAGUGAAUUAAUUUUAAUGCAGGAAACUGCACCUGAGUUGGAAUCUUCAACAACUCCCUUGAUGCUAACAGGAAUACCAGGCACAGACUUUGCUCUAACUAGAGACUUCCUGGUGAUGCAGGAUGAUCAAAUAAAUGUUAUCAACACGUUUAAAAAUCAGAACAUGGAGAUAGAGGACAACCCUAUCGCUUUACCUAUUACUGAAGAUGCAAAUAAAGAAAACAACAAUCUUGCUUUGUCAGAGUGUGAUAAAGAAAUUGAACAAAUUACCGAAGACCCAUUGUCCAUUGAGAAAAAAAAAAUAGUUGAGAAGAAAGAUGUAAGGAGAUCUAAACGACAUAUAACAGAUAAGAAAAAUUUCUGGGGAGAUGACGAGUAUGACAGUAAUUGUGCCAAAGACGAUAGCUCUAAUUUGACCGAUGUAUGCACUAUCGCGGAUCAACCUGUACCAUCGCGUGCUGUAGCAACACUGCCAGGAUCAUAUCUUUUGUUAAACAAGCUGUCUACAUCGCAUGGUUCAGCAAAUAACGUAACCUACGGAGUUUUUGCGAAACGUAAUAUUCGAAGACGUACACAAUUUGGGCCCAUAGAAGGUGUAUUGUGCACUUAUGAUGGCUCGCCCUUCAGAAAUGCUUUGCCACUGCUUUAUGAAACUCAGGAUGGAGAAUUCUUGAAAGUAGAUGUUUCUAACGAAAAUACUUCAAAUUGGAUGCGUUUUGUGCGACCUGCACUGACAUAUAAAGAACAAAAUCUAAUAAUUUGUCAACAGAAAGAUGGAAUAGUGUUUUUGACUAAUAGAAACAUCUCACCAAAAGAAGAAUUGAAAGCAGGUCCUAGUUCAGACUAUGCAAGUCGCAGAAAUUUAUCAAUUCUCAAACCAGAUAUAAAAGAUGAAAAAGCAGAAGCAAAUCAAACAUCUACAUGGCCACGUUUGGAUAAUAAUUCUUACAAUCGACGUAUAAAGAUGUUUCGCGACAGGAACAUGAAAGAAAAGGAGAAUUCGCGACAGAACAAGUGCGACAAGGAGUGGAAAUGUUCCGUGUGUAAAUUGAUUUUCAGGACUGCAUGCCUGCUUAACUUGCACAUGGCCGUUCAUUCUUCUAACAAUAUCAAAAUUGAGAAUCAAAUGUCCACAUGCCCACAAUGUGGACAAGAAUUCCAGAAACAAAGCGAAUUGAUGAAUCAUGUGUCUCAGCACGGACGAACGGCGUUACCUAAGGCAAAGCGAUUAACUCCUCUAGGUUCAUACAAGUGUUCAAUGUGUUACAAACGUUUUGCUACAAAGAUACGAUUACAACAGCACUGUUUGGCGCAUGGUGCUGAGGACCAAAAACCACUGCCAUGCAGUAUUUGCUUGAAACGAUUUAUGAACAAUUCCGCAUUGUCCGGUCAUUUGAAAACGCAUAAAGAAAACAAACAGGUCUUUGAAUGCCCAAUGUGCAGACAGCUAUUUCGCCAAGGUACGAUGCUAAAGGAUCACGUUGAGACACAUAGAAAUCAAGAUGGUAUAUUUAGUUGCCCUCACUGCCAGCGAACGUUCAUCAAGUAUUCUGUCAUUCGCAAACACAUUCGGGCACAUCAUUGCGAAAGGAAGCACAAGUGUCAGCAUUGUGCGAAACGUUUUCCGACAGUCGACAAAUUGCGAAUGCAUCUGUUGAAGCACUCCGAUCACAGAGAAUUUCAUUGUGCGAACUGCGGUAAACGAUUCAAAAGGAAAGAUAAAUUAAAGGAGCACAUGACUAAAAUACAUCAUUCUCAAACGGUUAAUGGAGAACAAAUGACACAGAAUAAUCAGGCAAAGAAAUUUGUGCCAAAGAUAAAUCCGAGUGAUUACAAUCGCUUCAUUUACAAAUGUCAUCAAUGCCUGGUGGGUUUCAAACGAAGAGGAAUGCUGGUGAAUCAUUUAGCGAAGCGGCAUCCCGAUGUCGCUCCCGAAUCUGUGCCAGAAUUGAAUUUGCCUAUUUUGCGACAAACCAGAGAUUACUAUUGCCAGUAUUGCGAUAAGGUUUAUAAAAGUAGCAGCAAGCGUAAAGCACAUAUCAUGAAGAACCAUCCUGGCGCGGCCUUGCCGCCUAGUAACCGACAAGAAGAAUCCGAAUUCUCAGGACUGCCGAACCCAAGCUUCAGCCAAACAGUAGGCAGCAUCACGACUAGUCCUCAAAGUUGCCAAUGGUGUCAUAAACAAUACGCCAGCAAGGCAAAACUAUUGCAACAUCAACGCAAGAAACACGCGCAUCUGAUGGAGCCGGCGGAUCAAGUACCGCGAUCGCGAAAUCGGCCGCCACAAAAUCAAAAUCAACCACCCAUGCUGAACGAUAACAACUUUGUGAUAUCCGAUUAUAUACAAGGAUGCGAUGGAGAUUUCCUGAAACAGAAAAUAAUCAAACUAACGAACGACGUUGAUCUGAUAGGCAAUGGUGGUCUGGAAAUGAUCGGUCAACAGUUUGUACGUAUGCGCGACAUACGUUGAGGAAAAACGCGGCAUCCUCAUAGAGGGGA